AUGGCAGUCGCCUGCCCCAUCUGCAACAAACCCGUCAAACCCACCGACAUCAACGACCAUCUCGAUUCCAGUUGUACCAGAUUCAUUUUCGACAGCUCUUCGACUCCUCCUCAGACAAGCGCUCAGAAUGGAGCGACGCCUGCUCCUCCACAAUCACAGCCGCAGAAACGCAGCGCUUCAAGCUUCUUCUCAACACCCGCGCCGAAGCGGCAGAUAACCGAUCUCAAGGACAGGCAGAUGGAAGAUGUGGCAGACGUAAACGGCCAUGGCGCAGACCAAGACGGGCGGAUAUUGAAAAAGACAAAGACGCAUCGCGCGGCCCCCCUGGCCGAGAGAAUGCGGCCCAAAACGCUGGAUGACGUAUGCGGGCAGGAACUCGUCGGGCCUGAUGGCGUUCUGCGCUCGCUGAUCGAGUCGAACCGCGUGCCGUCCAUGAUCCUCUGGGGAGCGUCUGGCACGGGCAAGACCACCAUCGCCAGAUGCAUCGCCCACAUGGUCGGCAGCCGCUUCAUCGAGCUCAACGCCACCAGCUCGGGCGUGCAGGAGUGCAAGAAGCUCUUCCAGGAAGCCGCCAACGAACUGCAGCUCACGGGCCGCAAGACAAUCAUCUUCUGCGACGAGAUCCACCGCUUCAACAAGGCCCAGCAGGACGUUUUCCUGCGGCCCGUCGAAGCAGGCACAAUCACCCUCAUCGGCGCCACCACCGAGAACCCGUCAUUCAAAGUCGCCAAUGCGCUGCUCUCACGAUGCCGCACAUUUACGCUGCGAUCGCUCACCACCGAAGACGUCGUGGCCAUCCUGAGGAGGGCUCGCCAGGCCGAGGAGUCUGUCUACCCACCUUCGCCCCUGAUCGACGAUGAGAUGAUGGGCUAUCUGGCUCGCUUCAGCGAUGGCGACGCCCGCACGGCACUCAAUCUUCUCGAGCUCGCCCUAUCUCUCACCCUCCGCGAGGGCAUGACAAAAGAUGUUAUGAAACAAUCCCUCACCAAGACGCUCGUCUACGACCGCGCCGGUGACCAGCAUUACGACACCAUAUCCGCCUUCCACAAGUCAGUCCGGGGGAACGACCCGGACGCUGCCCUGUACUACCUCGCCCGCAUGCUCCAGUCCGGCGAGGAUCCCCUCUUCAUCGCCCGCCGCAUGGUUGUCAUCGCCUCUGAGGAUGUCGGCCUGGCAGAUAACACUCUGCUGACGCUCGCCACGUCCACAUACACGGCAACGCAGCAGAUUGGGCUGCCCGAGGCUCGCAUCCCCCUGGCACAUUGCGCCGUUGCCCUCUGCCUCGCGCCCAAGAGCACCCGCGCAUACCGCGGCCUGAACAAUGCCUUUGCUGCCCUUCGAGAACCUGGUGUGGCGAGCUUACCCGUGCCGCUGCACCUGAGAAACGCUCCAACGAGGUUGAUGCGCGAUCUGGGCUGCGGAGCAGAGUACAAGUACCCGCCCAACUACAAGGACGGCAAAGUCAAACAGAAGUAUCUCCCAGAAGAGCUCACCGGCCGCAAGUUUCUGGAAGCGAGAGAUUUGGGGACGGAGAUUGAUCCUGAAUGUGAGGUGGAAGAUGACCCUAUGAAAACUUCUCGGCCGAUUUGGUAG